UAGUCCUAAGGAAGAACCGACUUAAAUCGCCGAAAUGCAGAGCACGAGGAGUACCCGCCUGCUGUCCCUGGCCAGGAGGAUCGUCCACAGCCGGACGGCGGCGCAGUCGGCCCGGGAGUCCACAGGAUCCGGAGCGGAGAGGCCGAGAGGUGCGGAAUCCACUUCCGGAUCGGAGCAAACCACGCAUUUCGGCUUCCAGACGGUCAGGGAAAGCGAGAAGGAGCAAAAGGUUCACGAGGUCUUCGAGCAGGUGGCCAACUCCUACGACAUGAUGAACGACGCCAUGUCCCUGGGCAUCCAUCGCGUGUGGAAGGACGUGUUCGUGGAGCGACUGGGCCCCACGCACGGCAUGCGCCUCCUGGACAUGGCCGGCGGCACGGGCGACAUCAGCUUCCGUUACCUGCGCUACCUGGCCAACCAGCCGAAUCCCCAGCAGCGCGGCAGCCAUGUCACCGUGUCGGACAUCAACCAGCACAUGCUGGACGUGGGCGAGGAGCGGGCCAGGCGCCUGGGCCUGACCACCGACCGGCUGGCCAACUGCACCGUCGCCUGGCAGUGCGCCGAUGCCGAGAAGCUGCCCUUCCGGGACGAGAGCUUCAGCGCCUACACGAUUGCCUUUGGCAUCCGGAACUGCACGCAUGUGGACAAGGUCCUUGCCGAGGCGUAUAGAGUGCUGCAGCCUGGCGGACGCUUCAUGUGCCUGGAGUUCAGCCACCUGACCAACGAGACGAUGCAGUGGCUCUACGAUCAGUACUCCUUCCAGGUGAUCCCGCCCAUGGGCCAACUGCUGGCCGGCCAGUGGCAGGCGUACCAGUACCUGGUGGAGAGCAUCCGGCGGUUCCCCAAGCAGGAGCAGUUCAAGCGGAUGAUCGAGCAGGCGGGAUUCGAGCAGGUGUCCUACGAGAACCUCACCUUCGGCGUCGUCAGCAUUCACUCCGGCUUCAAGCUGUGAGCCCUUAGGAUUAGGAAA